UGCGACGCCGGCAGUUUCGAGCGAGUCCUGCCGGUGAGCGUUCGCACGGGUCGAGCGAGCGGGACUUCCUCCCUCUCGUCGAUCGGUGGCAGAUACCGGUGCGUCGUUCCCCGGGUUGCCUCGGGUUCCCUCCGAAACGGAGCGUGUGAUACGGACGUGCCGCCUCGUAGUGCCGUCGUUUGCCGACUCUCUUCGGUUUAUCAGUGUUUCACUCGCGCUCGCAAGCGCGCGGCAAAAAUCGAAAAUCGGCAUCACCGAUGACGCGCCGCUUCGGUCACGAGACAUGUUCGCGCAGUCGAGGAGCGAUAUCGUCCUUUGAUUGAAGGCAAGUUCCCCCUCCCCCGCCCAAUGCUUAUCUUGGCACCUUCCAUCGAGUCCUUUUUGCUAACGAUUCUGCACGCGUCUCCGCGUUCCCGGAACGUAUCCCCUAGUCACGCAUCGAGUGAACCGAAAAGUUUAUUGCUUUAUUCUUGAUCCAUUAAUUAUUGGUUCUUCAUUCGGCUGCUUCGAUUAUUGCCGAAAACAUUUUUCUCUCUGCGCACAUAAUCGAAAACGCUCACAAAGUUCGCUCCUUCGAAGAAAUGCGAGUUAUCGAUGAUUAACCCUCGUGCAAUCGAAUUUGCUUCAAUUUCGCAAGGCAAACUAAUAGUUACAAUAUAGAAUUGUGUAACAGCAGAGUGCUUUGUCUCUGUUCACUGCCUUUCAUUCCUCAGUUGUGCUUAAUGUUUGGACAUCGUAACGCGCGCUUCUAUAAAGGACGUUGACGUGACGUACACAGUCAGAUCCGCGUAAUUUGAUUCCGAUAUAUUAAUCUCACGCAUGUGUACAUAAAUCAUACAUUUCCAAUCAUUAAAGACUGUAUCUAUCUCCGAUUGAAUAUCGUAAUUUAAUAAACUAACUGCGCUAAUUAUCUUUCAUAAUACAAAUUAUUAAGUCUUUACUGUAAAAAAGUCUGCCUGCUCGAGUAAAUGUUGCAUCAGCUUUUAUCUAUUAAAGUAUCUCUCAUUGUCGUGUCCAACAAUUGCAACAAUAUUCCAAAACGGCGUAAAACGACCUUACAUUUAUCUCAAACGAGCGAUGACGGAGGCACUUUUGCGAAGUCAGCCUGCCAUUCUUGUGUAUAUGACUCCGCAGUCCGUGCAGAAUAUACGGAAAAAAUUGAAAAUUACGCUAGAUACAAAGAGAAGAUGUAAAGAGUUCGAAUGCAGCGAUACUGCCAUAGCCGUUGUGUAACGGAACAUCCUGAAGGUCUGCCACUCGUUGUUGCGAUCGCCUUAAAUUCCGAUGUUCGCGUACAUCGUCCAGGCGCAAACCAUCGCCUCGAAAGAUGCCUUCUCGAAGAGCGCGGAUCGACUUGAAGACAUCUCGCGGUCUCGGAUUGUAGAUGCCGAUUCCUUAAAACUUCGUUAGUUUCGUACGUCAAGCGCGUUUGGCGUGAGAAAAGCGUCAUUGUUUCUCCCGAUUUUGCAGAGAACGACGAGCAAGCAACUUGGAAACACGGUGCAACAUCGAUGCGAAAAUUGACUAUAGAUUAUCGAGAUUGUCGCUGUGUAAAUCUAAGAGAUCGCGCGCGCUUAUAUUUUUCGUGUAAAAAAUACGCGGUAUUUGUUUUAACUAUAUUUUAGUAUUAUUUAACAUAUUGUUAUAUCGACCAAGAUUAAAAUAAAAUCAUAAAUGGUAAUAUCAUUACGUUUGUUGUCAUAACAUUACAGUGACUAACGUCAAUGUUUUCACCGUAGCGAUAAUCCGUGAUCACGAAACAGCGAUAGCUCUUUAGAACACACACAGCAAAACCCAUUUUGCAUUUCUGUUCAAAACAGUUCUCGGUACAAUUUUUAUAUUACAAACGCAACAUAUAUCUAUGUGUAAAUCUAACACAUUGCUGAUAUGUUAAUUGAACUUUAUACAUUAAAUUUAUAAUCAACUAAUUCAAAUGUAAAAAUAACAUAUUUUAUAUGCGUAAUAGUAAGAAUUCCACCUUGUUGACGCGGUGCAAACUGUACAACAAAUGAAUUUCCUUAACAUUUUCCUGAAAUAAAAUUUAACAUUACAAAUAUGUUCGUUUUACAUAAAAUUUGUUUUCAAGCAUCGUAGUUUUCUAAUUUUAUGUUAAAUUAUCUAUAUAAUAUUAACGUCAUUGUUUGACAUAUUCGCGUCAUGUUACACAAAAAUUUGAGUAAACUGUCUGUGGGACAUGAAACGUGUUGAAUUUAACACAAAUUUUGUGCUGCGUAUGCGAAGUACAUAUAUGGAGUGAAUUGCAUUAUGCACGCUAUAGUACACACCGACACACGUUAUACAUUAAACCUUAUACGCAUUACGCACUAUAUAUUGCACGUAAUGUGUUGUGUACCGUCCUUUUAACCGACGCAAUCGAACAUUAAAUACUUUCCGAACUAAUACAAAUAUCGCAAUCGAUGUGUGAGCGAAGUAAUACGUACCUCGGUGAACAUUCCAAUCUUAUGCACGUGAUAAUGCCCGACCGAGGUCGAUCAUGUUGUAAAUAAAAAUAUUUCGUAAACGAUCGGUCGUAUGCUCGCUCGAGUUUUAUUAUCGUCGCAACGCGUACUCCAGUUUGCUCGACCACGCCGAUAGGCAACAUUAAUGUUAUAAACAAUGUAAUUAGUGUGAGAUACGCAUUGUAUGCUCUACAACGCGAACUCACCUAUUUCAAGUUAACGGUAUAAGAUCGUAAACGAUGCACGAGGUGCAUUACAGUUAUGCAGCGCGCGCCCGCUUUAUUUCGCAGGAUUAAACACGCCCCUUUUAACACUUUGAUGGACAGCCGAGAGACGCAAAAGAUAUUAGAAUAAAUGUAGAUGCCCGUAAGAAUUAUAUAUAUAUAUAAUUCUCGAUAUACCAUGUGCAUAUGGGAUAUAUCUAGAAGUACAACGCCAACAUUGUUCAUAAUAUAAUAAGUGCACUGUGUGCGUCGUAAAAUUUAAUCAAAAUUAUAUGGAUAAAUAGAACAUAAAAUGUAUUUUAUCGGUACGUAUAUUUCAAGCAUUCAAUUUAAAGUAGAAACUUAUUCAUUGAACGUUUCGACCUUGUUAUAGAUCCUUUUUAGCCAAAAACUAAAAUGUUGUUAGUCUUUAGUUUUAACUGUCCACUAAAAAGGAUGUAAAAUAGGAAACUUUAUGCAUUGGCUCUGCCAAUGAUCGGUUGCAGCUUAUUUAUAUUUUUUGUUUUUAAUAAAAUAAAAUAAAUUUUGCAAAUAUAGUAUAUUUGUAGUCUAAAGUAGUGCUAAAAAAAGAAACAUGUGAAAAUAUAAAUUUGAUAAAUAUGAUUAUACGAUUCUAAUACUAUCAUAUUUUAAAUAAGGUAGUUAAAUUUAGUUUCACAUAAAACGUCAUUCGAUCGAUUAACUUCGCAUAUUUUCUGUCAAAUCCGCGAGUUUUCUCGAGAAGAGAUCCGUCUGCAGCUAUUCAUGUAACGAAUGUGUGUCGGAUCAGUGCGUUCGAGGCUGUAUGCCUCAGGGUCGAUAGUUUUACUUUCUACGGGGACGCCAUUCGAUGAAGAAUAAAAAAACAUGGAAGAUACAUAAGAAUUAAGGAGGAGAGAAAAGAGAGAAAGAGAUACGUCACGUGCGAUCGAAAUAUUUACCGUAUUUCACGUGGCACCGAUUUUAUUCGACUCUGAGCGGCUCGUUGGAUUUGACCGUUUACGACGUUAAGAGUCGAGAGUCAAAUCGGGUCACCAAAAUCCGGAUUUUGAAAUUUGGUUCUACAUAAUCGCAUCAGAACGAGCUUUAACGUGCGAUCUGGUUAUGAUCUUAUAGAACUAUACGUCUUUAAUCGAUGAAAUGGCGAUGGUGAUGGGUAGCUAUAUCGUUCCUUGUUCGCAAGGACAAUGGACAUCUGCUCGCUGGAACGUACAGCACUUCCCGAAAGGCACGCAAGUUCUCGUGACUAGUGGAGGGUCAGGUGUGCCUAACAGCACAAACGUGAAAGCGCAAACCGUGCAAAGUGUACAGAUCCCGCAUAUUUUUCUAUUUAAUAUGUCCGCGUACAUACAUAACUGAUUUUAUCAGUAAACAUUCGAGAGAGAGAGAGAGAGAGAAUGAUAUGUAUAAAUUUUUUAACUAUAACGUAAAACUUGUCAAACUAUUUGAGAAUUUGAAGUUGAAAAUGCAUUUUCAAAAUGGUUAGUUUCUACACGGGACAAAAUUAUUUUAAGUCCGAAAGAUAUCUAUGUUUUGUUUAUUAAUUUUGGAUAUUGUUUCAUGAACAUUAACCUUUUAAACAUUAAUUGUGCAUUCCAUAUUUGGUAACUCCGAAUUCAUCGGAAAAUAAGCAGGCUGUGUCGCAACUCAAGUCCAAAUUGGGACUUCACUCGUUCACUCUAAAGCCGCUAUGUUAACAAUCUCGACCCAUCUUUCCUUUCUACCACAUGUCCCACAUGUAAAGUAUCUAUACAAAUUAUGAAAAUAUGUAAAAUCGUUCUAUUUGCAAAAAUUAUAAAAUAAGAUGUCGAUUAAAAAUAUAAUUCCUUGCUGAUACUUUUCUGUAACUUGACUAAAUAAUUGCCAAAAGACUUAACUGAUACUUUUGCCGUUUGUAAUUAUAACUGAUUAUAAUAGUUACAAAUAUUCGCUAGUAUAGAGAGUUUCAUUCGGCCCUUUCACUCGUUGCAAUGCCAGAUACAGUCUGUUGCUUUCUCCGCUCGAUCGAAUUUGCGAUCCUAUAGAUCGCAUUAAAAGCAUAUCUCUUUAUCUUAUUUUAUUCUAGAUGCAAUGUAAAAUGUACAUGCAUUCUCUUUAAUAAUAGUAAGAUAACAAUAACUAAAACAGAUUGCACGUUGUAAAUUUUGUUAAUUGCCGAAUGUCGUCAUUGAUAUUUUUAUCCGCGCAAUUGAUCGAUCAAUUGUUGAUUUGCAACAUUAAAACAUACAAGUAUAUUUUAUUUGAACAUAUUUUAAUUUAAUAAUAAAUAAUAAAAAAUAAAAUAAUGAAAGAACAAAAUUUACAACGUGCAACAAAUAAUAAAUAAAUAAUUAUGCGUUUAGAAUUGAACGCACGAAGACGUGAAAGACGAUCGUUGAUCAAACAAACGUAUAGAGAAGCAAUCGCGGCGCAACGCGCAACGUGGAAUGCGAAAAAAUAAGAAGCAAGAGAAACGGAACGCGCGUACAAGAGAGUUCGUUGUCCGAUUACCUACCUGUGAUGAUUUUCUCGUGGUCCAUUUUACUCGUUUUUAUUUAAAAACAUAGAACAUAUGUGUGCGUGCACGUGAACGACAGAUGUGCGUAUACGAUAGCGUCCGUUCCGUGGACGAGAGCUGACGUCACCCGGCGACAAACCUUUCAAGGAAAUCUGAGGUUGUCUCGCGAAGCCUGACUCCAUCUUUCCCUUCCACAUUUCUCUCUUUUCUUUGCUUUUCUUGCUCUUGCACGUACAGGGUGUUCCGUAAAAUUGACCGUAGUAGAUCUCAUUGAAGUUUUAAGAAUUCUGAAGCAGAUGUUGUUCAGCUAGUGUAAUUUUCAAGAGUCACUACAAUAAAUAUUUAUUAAUAUUUAUGAAUGCCUAUUAAAAAUAUUUAUAAUUAAUGAUUGUGAAUAAUUAAAGAAAAAGUAAGGAAGAAUGAACGGGGAUGUGCGCUAACAAAGUUCUGUAAGCUGCAAAAUUAAUUGCUCACGCUUUUAUCUGCUUAAAUUAUACUUGAUUUGUUACAAUUCGCACUGAUAUUUGUAAGCAAUGUUACUUGCAGCACACUUUCACAAUGCGUCUUUUCAAACGUUACAUGGCCGACACAAGCCCGCAGCUUGUUUCUGCUGUAUCUAUCUCUCAGGAUGUCGCUACGAAUAGCAUCGAGAGUAGUGCGCCCGAGAAACAGGAGGAGAGAUCGAAGACGGACGACAGGCUGGAAGAUACUCUUUCAGCUGCCAAAGAAGACGUCGAUGUGCAAAAAGAAUCGACUCCUGUCGAUUCUAUCCUGACUCGUAAAGGAAUUUCGAUGUGGGGACGAAAGAUGGGUCAACGAUGGGACCAGAUGAAGCGAUCGGAUAGCUCCGAAUUGCUUUCGGUAUCGCGAAGACGACGACGACGAUGGAGCCCACAUCGGAAAAGUGACUGCGACGAAGCUUCAGGCGAGAAAGAAACUGGUAAUAAUGAAUUCCCGAAGCCAAAGAGAAUCCCCAGGGUAGAAUCAUUGAGAAACCUCUUCAGGACCAUCGGUGAUCAUUCCCUCAACUCUAAGAAUACCGCGAGAAGCGCAACGAUACAGGAAGAGGACGUUGUUGGUCACUGCCCGAUGGAGAAGACUCUCAGCGAAGGUGCGAUCAGGAAAGUUCCGUUUCGAGACGCCCGCUUUGAAGGCAUCGAUGAUCGGGAGUUCGCCCGGGUUGAUCGGGAAAGCUUCCUGCGUCGGAAGAAACUACAGUUGAGUCGGAGUAUUCAGGAUCUUCAGGAGCAGCAACGAGUUCUGGAUUACAUACUCAAGAAUCAGGAGAUUCUGAAGACGCGGCAGGGCAGCGCAUUCGCGAAGGAGACGUUGGAGAACGCGGAUACAAGUGCGAAUUCAAGAUACUCUAACGGUUGUUCAUCGUCGGAAAAAGCAAAGAGCGACGUCUCAACGUCGGCUGAUCGUGGACCGACUGGCAGUGCUAAUGCCAAUGAUGUUAAAGAAAAUUCUCUUUCACAUUCUUCCGGUUUGCUGACUGGUUUGGAGGAUCUGCUGAGCAAUUUACGUAUUGGCUGCGACGAGAGUGGCUACGAUUCAGACAGCACGCGAGCUGGAGCAGAUUCACCAGACAGCGAAAAAUCGGCGGCGCCGCCGUUGUUAAAGCCGCGUAGUUUCUCGAUAACAUCGGACGAUUAUCGCGACAUCAAUUUGUCGCUAUCGUACAACAAUACCAAGCAAGAGAAAGACGUAGCGGUCGAAUCGUGUUCAUCGGAAACACGUCCCUCCGGAGCCGAGAAAAUCAGCACGGUCGAUGCGAUCGAUGUCGCAACGAGCAACGCUUUCCUUAAUGAUUCGACCACAAAUCGGUCGGCACCAUUAAUGUUGGAGGAGGACGACACGGAUAGUUGCGAUGAAGACACUUUUGCCGAUUUUCUGGAAUAUCAACCGGAUUUAACGAGGAAUUACUCUAAGACGGAUGCGGAUCUUGCGAAGUCUCGACAUGAUCUAUUAAGAGCGGCAUCCACAAUUUCCACUGGACUUAACGAGGAUUUGACGAAACUCCAAGUGACGGACAGUAGUGAUCUCGAUUCUACUCUGACGCAAUCCGACGAUGUUGCUGAUGGACUCGACGAUAUUAAGACGAAUGUUGAUCUCGACGAAAAGAAGUUUUGUAACGUAACGUAUACGGAAAACCACAUAGGUGUAUCUCAAGUAGGCAAGUUGCAGAAUUUCUUGAAGGACAAGAAAUCCAGGAAUCGAAAGUGCUCCAGUCCAAGUGUACUGCAUCUUUUGGAGCAUGCGGCGUCUCCGUGUAAGGACAGUCCGCCGGCUAACAAGAUCUGGCCCCCAUUCGAAGUGACAGCCAUCCCUCUACAAUACUACAGCCCGAAGAGAUCGCGUUCCGCGGAACUCGACACGACCAGCGCGACGAGAAACGCAGCGAAGAAAGCGUCAACGAUGAGUACCUGCAAAGCCUCGCUUUCUGCCGUUACUGUAUCGAAGACCACCAAACCUGUCGCUACCAAGAAAACCUUCGCGCGACGCGAGUUGAGAACGAUGAAGCUCACGGUGAACUGCAUGGUGGGUCUUGGUAUUUCCGUUGAACGAUGCGAGGCGGCUAGGCCAUUCUACGUGAUCGCCAAGAUGGAUCCCAACGGGGAAGCAGCCAAGUCGAAGCAAUUUCGCAUCGGUGAUGAGAUUGUGCGCGUCUGCGGGCGCAGAAUACGCGGCAUGUCGAUGAUGGAGGCGCGAAACGCCUUGCGUAGCUGUGUCGGCAUGGUCGAACUACAGAUCGCAAGGGAACCGAGCACGGUCUAUGGCGAAGAGAUUGGCGACACCUGGGGCGACGCCAGGACGCGAAGCGAUUCCGACACGCAGAUCUCAAAGAAUGAAAGAAUUGAUUCGUCGACUUCGUCCAACGAUGAUGUGCCAAAUUCGACGAAGACUAUAAAUCCUCACGUUCCUGACGAAAUCAGCUCCAGUCUCCAAAAAAUGACAGGGAUGAAGAAAUUCCAAGUCAUGAGGAAACGAAGUGCCGAAGCUCCCACAGUUCGACGUGGCUCCAGUUUAUCCAUGGAUCUGUUAACCGUUGUACUAGAAAAGGGCGCCCCAAGAAAACUAGGUUUCUCCAUCGUUGGCGGGGUGGACAGCAACAAAGGCCGUAUGGGUAUCUUCGUGAAGGAUAUUAUGCCCGGCGGACAGGCCGCGGAAGAAGGCACUCUAAGGGUGGGAGAUGAAAUUCUAGCUAUCAAUGGUUCCUCAUUGGAUGGACUGACGCACGCCAAGGCAUUGCAGAUGUUCAAGACCGCUAAAGCUGGCAACUUGAUACUUCACGUCGCUCGAAGAGAUCCGGCACAUAAACGAUACGUUACGCAAUCGAAAUCAUAUGACUGCCUCAAUCAAUUAACGAAGUCCACCGAUGAAUGAAACUUGCCGUCAUCAUUGUUACUAAUUAUCAAAUCAUUUUCACUGUUUAGAAAAAUUAUUAAAUUUUUAUAUGAAAUAUGACUUCCUAGAUUUCUCGAUCUCUUACAUCGACAAUUAAUAUGAAGAAAGAAUUAAAGACGCUAUUGGAUAUAUUACGUCCUAAAUAUUUCUAACAUAUUGAUAUGAUUCUGAUACUUUGUGCAACGGUAUAUAUUUGGAUCGUAGCAGAAUCAUAAUUGUGAUAUUGACCGAUUAUUUUCACUAAUGUAAAAAUAUUCCUAGUACGUCCUUUUUCUGGUAGAAGUUUUGAUAAUAAAAGUAUUUUACAUCGAUGUAAGAUCAAAUGUGAAAUUUCUAAAAUCUCAAAGAUAAACGCAGCCUGUAUAUUCCUAUUUACGUUUAUCUUUCAUAUUUAACUUAUCAUGUUCUAACAAACGAAGAAAGGUAGAAAUAAACUUUACGGAAUGAUUGUAGAAUCAUAUCGCUAUUGAAAUAUUCGCUGAAACGCACUUCUAUUUUGUAUACAGAAACGUUAUACUCCAACGUUAAAGCGAUAUUAGAUAAAAUACGAAAGGUUUAGUUAGUGAUAGCAAUAUUAUGUGCCUUGUAACCAUGUCCUGUUAGAUGUGGUAUGCUAACAACUUGGAAUAUGGUUUGAUUUAACAAUAUCAUGGGAUUUAACAUAUGUUUUUAUUUGAAAACGUAUUUCUGUCUAAAUCAACCUACGAAGAUUAGAAAGCUGAUUAAUUUCGUUCGAGAGCACAUCAAUUAUAUCCAUUGUGUAACAUUGUAUUAUAAUAGUAUUAUAACAAGAAUCAAUAAUCCUGUUUAAGUUAUUUUGUUAAGAAAUGAACGACAUCAUAAAUGUCUACCUACAAAAUGCUGUGAUAUUGAUUGUAGUCGCAUCAGCUGAUAUUAUACGAUUGUGUAUUUAAUAAUAAAUGUGAUUUUGUUAAAAA